UUAGCGCGUAUAUGUGCAUUAAAGCUGGAAGGAAUUAUUUCUCUAAUAAUAGAAAGGUCGUAUCAACCACGAUUUGUGAUGGUUGUUAGUAAGAAUUCGGUACAGUAAUUAUAACAAUCUCAAAAAACGGAUAUUUUGAGGAUUCGAAUUAUUUAGUUAAUAUAAUUUGAAAAGUGUUUAUUUCCGCAAGUAUAUUCUAUAAAUUGAAUAACAUAUAUGUAGGUGUGCGACACCAAAAAAUUUUCUCGGCAAUUUUCUAAGAUGUGAGAGUUUGGAGGCAAGUGGAUAUUUCUUUGUGAGCAAAAAGCGGGAUCAGAGCACCAAAAUAAUGUUUAUACCGUGUUUUAUGGUAGUGUUUCUGGAAGGCUCUACGUAACUAUGAAACUGAAUGCCAGCAAAAAAUAAUCAAAAUUUUCAGCUAUGAACACACCAUCAAAGACAGCAAUCAAACUAAAUACUAACGAAGCCAAAACGUCAGAGUCGUUCGAAAUAAUAUCGCCAUCUGUUGAGACGUCUUCUAGUACAGUAACACUUGAGUCCAUUGCGGCACAUAUUUCUUCCAAAUCCUCAUCGCCAUUCAAUGUUUUAGGAUUUAAGGAUUCCUCAAGACUAUCACCGCUAUCUGAAGCAACCGUUACUAAUUACGCUGGUGAUUUAAAGACAAAAAGUUUAAUAAAGUCUCCAACAUCAUCCGGAACAAGAUCACCAAUUGAUAGUCCUUUACUUCCAUUUUUAAAUGAUACAUAUCACCAUAAUAAGCAACAGAUUCAACAAAGAGACAUUGUUUUAAAUAACCGUUGCGAUAAUAUGCUAUCAUCAUCGAGCAAUAACAAUCAGCAGACACCUCCAACUACUACUACAGGAGGAGUGCUACUUGUCAGCAAUGCAUCAUCACCCACUAACAGUAUUAAAAAUAUUAAAUGUGAACCCUUUUCAACACUGUCGCCGCUUAAUGACAGCGUUAAUAGUAAGAAUAUGUUAGACGAAACGCAUAAUAACAACAACUUAAAUGGGGCUAGUGCUGCUGCAAUAGAUACUGCUGUUAAGCGCGAUAGAGAUUGUCCUACUAUAUCCACUACCACAUCUACACCAAUUAUGCGUCAAAAUUCCAAUAGUACCAUUAAGUCGGGUCCUAACACAGUGAAUGCUUCCUCACCAAAUAAUGGUAGUGAUCUUUCGAAUAGUAGUAACAUUUCAUCAAAUUUGUCACAAGCUAAAGAAAGUAAUGCAGAUAUUCUUCAUGAUCUUAACAAACCAGAAAAAUGUGAUAAUAAAAAGAAGUCAAACAUGAAUAAUUUAGCUACUGUGAAAGAAGAUGACACUGGUGUAAAGUCUUCUGUGGAAAAAAGUGUUCUUACGGGAUCUUCAACGAAAAGUGUUCAGUGCAAAACAACGGCAAUAAGCUCAUUGUCUUCUGCAAAAGAAGAAACAAUUGGUAUGAAUAAUUUAAUGAACGUAAAGAAAGAAGAGGGUAUUGUUUCACCAGACAUAUCUCCGGCUGGUUUUGGUUCGAUUGCCAACUUGUCUGGCAGUAACACAGUGGAUGUCAGAUCUUGCACACCAGGCAAACCAGUAAAACAAGAAGAUGUAGCCAACACGAAGACGGUUACUAAUUCUAACAAUAACAGCACGAAUUCUAAUAACCACGAAAAAAUAGUUUCUAUGUUGGGUUCUAUGAAUAAUGGAUCUAGCGGAUGCGCAGAAGAUUCAAUUUCUGUAUCUGAUACUACUACCGCCCUUGUUAACACAUCAACCGACUCUUGCGUUGGCGGAUCACAUCAUUCGUCAGGAAAUGUAAUAAAUAGUGGAUCAAUUUCAAAUUGUAUGGAGUAUAUGCAGCAACAAAAUCAUAUAUUUGUGUUUUCAACCCAAUUGGCAAAUAAGGGUGCUGAAUCAGUUUUGAGUGGUCAGUUUCCAACAAUAAUAGCAUACCAUUGCACACAACCAGCAACAAAGGACUUUCUUGAAGAUUUCUUUAUAAAAAAUCCUAUGAAAAUAUCUAAAUUGCAGCGCCAAAAUUUGUGCAACAUAUCAGUAGGUUCCGGUCAACAAUGGGUUGGAGGAUGCAAUGCACUACCAAAACUUACUCAAAAACCCAAUGUCAAUAAAAUAAAUUUUUCGACUAUGGCCGGCAAUUUGGAAAGCAAACUAUCUCUUCGACAGUCCAAUAUUCCUAAUUUUAAUGACGUCUCGGAAAAUUUAAAUAGUAGUGAAAACGAAUUAAUGUGUUGGGAGCAGGGGAGAAAUAAUAUGGAAGGAACAUCUAACGACGGUCAUACAGCUUUAAAAAUUACAAAUGGUGUCGAUGGAGUCGUAGAUGGCGGUUCCCAUGCUGUUAAUAAAUCCCUUGCUGCCCCCGAAGGGGCGAGUGUGAAUAACGAUAAUAGUACGCCUUCACUACAAGGAAUUAAAGUACCCGAUGAAAAUUUAACACCACAACAACGUCAGCAUCGCGAAGAACAGUUAGCCAAACUAAAGCAAAUAGAUAAAUUUUUGUCUAACCCUCUUCAAGGAGCAGGUCAACUGGGAAAAUUGAACUCAGAUGGUGUACCAGCUAAUCUUGCCGGCCUAAUGCUGAAUUUACCUAAUACAGGUUCGGUUGGUAUUGGACCACAAAUAACUAAUCAACUCAAUCCUAACGUCCGACAUAUGGCGUCAAAUGUAAUGAAUGCAAAUACUCACAAUAUAUGCAAUCCCGAAAAUAUGCCAGCAACAUUAGGUGAUGGGAACAUUGCUCCACCAGACAUUCUCAGUACCCAUGAGAUAAAUAAUUUGACAAAUAAAUCAAUGCACAUGAACAAUCAAUCGAGUAUGCAAUGUGGACGUAAUGGAAUUGUUGGUAUCGUCCCUUCUAGUGUUACUGUAAGCAAUAUCACCAGAAGUUCAUUAACUUGUCACACCGGCGGAAAUAAUACGGUAAAUAGUAACAUCACUGGUGCUGGUGGACUUAUGCCGAAUUCACCUGAAAUUAUAAAUAAUUUUAUUGGAGAAGGCAAUUUAAAUAGCAAUUCUGUCAAAAUAAUUGGGCCAAUUGGAUUGGGUUCUCAGGAAAUGGCUCAGGCAGGUAUGGCACAGAUGGAGUGGUCCAAAUUACAACAUCAGUUUUUUGAGGAACGUAUUAAAGGUAACAAGGGACAGGGACAAAACGAUGUCGGAUGUAUGCCAGCAUCACUUUGUCGUUCAAAUUCUGGAAGCAUGCGACCAAAUAUAAGCGGAUCAGGUGCACAAACUGUAACUGCAAGCAGCUGUCAAAGUAUUCGUUCAACACAAGGCCCACCCCCACCAUAUCAUCCUACACAGCGUUCGGCGUCGGUACCCAUUGCAACACAGUCUCCAAAUCCAGCUAGUCCUAAUAACCCGACGUCAAAUUUAUCGUUACCGUCACCUCGAACAACAGGGGCAUUAGGAAUAACGGCAAACUCACCAAAUAUGGACGUGCAUGUGCCUACUAUGCCAACAACACUGGCAGUAACGGCAGCAACAUCAACAGUCAGUACAGCAAUAUCAAAUGCAAAUGGUCAAAGUAAGAAUAAUUUCCCAUCUGAAGGUUCGCCAACAAGCACUGGCACUAAUAACAGUACUACAAAUACAAUUGGGAAUAGAAAUCGUAAUAAUCAAAUGAGCCAAUUCAAUAGUAAUCCCAGUACUCCAUUAUCACACUUAUCACCUAAAGAUCUUGAUUCAUUUCAUACAAAUGUACAAGCAGGUGAUUUAAAAAAUACGCGUCCCAGUCCACAAAGGUCACGGACUCCUUUGAUAGGAUCAAAUAAUGGUAAUAUUGCUGAUGCUGGAAAUAUGGACGGUCGUUUCCUUUCAGCCAGCCCAGGCUUAAAUUUUCCGCAACCUAUGCCCACCGCGACAAGCUCUAAUAGUGGUGUCAACAGCUAUAAAGGACCGGGCCAAAUUGAACGCCAAAAUUCAGCUCCAGUUCCUUCACAGUUCAAUCGUCGCACCGACAACCUCCCUUUAAAUCCUAAUAGUAACCGGCCAACGCAGAAUAAAUUGAAUCAUACUUUUGAUCCAAUAUCGUCAUUAGCUCAGAUGUCUCAGCAGCUCACAAGUUGCGUGCCACUAAAUGCGGGGAAUGGCGGAGGAGUCGGAAAUAUGGGCGUCAUUGCAGUGAAUGAUGUAAACGUUCCGAAUAAUGUAAACCAAAAUUUAGAAACCAUGAUGGCUUCAAUAGAUACGGGAUUAGACCCCUGUAAUGCUGGCCCAUCUGGUAAUAUGGGAAUGCCCCCCCAUAUGAGUGGUCCCGUACCGUUUAUGUCUAAUAACUGUCAUAUUAAUUCUAUGUUGGGUUCUAUGGGACAACGUUUACUUAAUCCAAAAAUGUGCGGAAGUUUUAAUUCAGCCAACGGUGGAAUAGGACGGGACGGACCAAGUGGAUUGCAUGGAGUAAUGCCCAAUCAUCGAAUGAUGAGUCGCAUGCCCAUGAAUUUUAGUAAUUUUAGUGCUUCAUCCAAUAUACAAGGACAAAUCUCUGCAAAUGCUAAUUUACUACCGAAUGAGCAUAAUUCAUCCAUGCAAUCUCCAUUAAAUGGACCAAUUAUGAUGGGUAAUAAUAGUAACAUGCUCUCGAACACAAUUCAAGUGGGCAACAGUACGCCUCCUGUUGGAUGCACUGUCAGUGGGGGGAAUGGUCCAGUUGACGUAGGUAACGUUGGGUACAAACCAUUUGUUGGUCCAGCUUCGAAUGAUCUUAAGUAUGCGCAGCAGUACCAUAGUUUUCAGCAGCAAUUGUAUGCAACAUCCACGAGAAGUCAACAAAAUACUGGCAAUACUAAUAUUGGAAGCAAUGUAUCGGCUAAUCCUUCUUAUUUUGUCAAUAAGUAAAUUCUAAAAUUAUAAGUACAAGCUAAGUUAUCCAUUUGCAAUAAAUCUUGCUCGAUUCGUCUCCUUAAAAUCAACGCUCUUGCGUACAUAUACAGAUCUAUGUCACUGUUCUUAUGCCAUUUAAAGUACCGCCCUUGAUGGCAUCAACUGAGUAUUUUUGGUUUUCUUUAGUCUAUGUGUAAGUACUUAUAUAGCUUUUUGUGGUGUUAAAAAAAAAAAAAGAUUAAAACAUGCCGUUACUAAA